UAUUAAACACAUAACGUGGCGUUCGCCCCACUGAUUGACUGAAAGACCUUAGUAGGCGGGCGCUAGUCAGCUGGUCUAUGUGCGGGUCUAUGAACGAAUGCUACUAUUGCGACGGCUUGCUUUGUAAAAAAAUUGAUUACGUAAACGGACGCUCCAGUAAAGUAACCACGCAACGUCAGGGUGAGGGCAUUAAUAUUCAUCAGCAAUGCAUUCGCCAUAGUAGGAAGUUAAUGUCGCCUGUGGUUGUAGGGUUGCACCCCCGUACACGUCACGCGCUCCUGCGUUAGGGUGAAGAUACAUGUCACACAGCUCUCCUCAUCAUCACGACCAAUAUUCAUCGAAUCUUGUAUAGAAUUAUUUCUGACAGCACUUGGAAUAUCAUUAGAGCUACAUCGCACUGACUGCUGUGUAGAGCACUGAGCUCUUAUAAGUGCAUCGGCUGCUCUCCAAGGUCCUGAACUUCCUCUAACCCAGCUUCACUCAACUACAUGCGAACAACCAGCUCCUGACACCCGGUUACAGCUCUCUAUACAUCAACGCACAGCAUUCAAUCAUGGAUGAGGGAUACAGAGACCGCACCGCCUUCAUUAAAGGCGCUAAGGACAUUGCCAAAGAAGUCAAAAGGCACGCAGGUAAAAAAGUGGGUCGCCACGACAAAGUGGCCGACGAGUACACCAAGCGUUCUUAUGCUCGCUUCGAAGAGGACGACGACGACGAUGACUUCCCCGUUCAGGCCCAGGAUGGCAGCUAUUACCGUAGCAACAGCAGGGCCAAUGACGACGAAGGUGCUCACAGCGACUCUACAGAAGGCCACGAUGAAGAUGAUGAGAUCUACGAGGGCGAGUACCAGGGCAUCCCUAGAAACGACUCUGUGGAAAAGGGCGACAGAGAUGUGGAAGGCAUGGCACAGUCGCAGUUCCGGGACAAGUCGCAGUACGAGGGUGAAAGGAGGAAGGAUCAAGAGGAGUUGGCCCAGCAGUACGAGACUAUCCUUCAGGAGUGCGGUCAUGGUCGUUUCCAGUGGACCCUCUACUUUGUGCUGGGUCUGGCGCUCAUGGCCGAUGGCGUGGAGAUCUUCGUGGUGGGCUUUGUACUGCCCAGUGCUGAGAAAGACAUGUGUUUGUCUGAGCCCAACAAAGGAAUGCUGGGUCUUAUCGUGUAUCUGGGUAUGAUGGUGGGUGCCUUUGUGUGGGGAGGUCUGGCUGACAGAAUCGGACGCAAACAGACUCUUCUUAUCUCUCUCUCCAUCAACAGCGUCUUUGCCUUUUUCUCCUCCUUUGUUCAAGGAUACAGUUCCUUCCUGUUCUGUCGUUUGCUUUCGGGCGUAGGAAUUGGAGGUUCUAUUCCUAUCGUGUUCUCGUAUUAUUCUGAGUUUCUGGCUCAGGAGAAGCGUGGCGAGCAUUUGAGCUGGCUCUGCAUGUUCUGGAUGUUUGGAGGCAUCUAUGCUGCUGCCAUGGCCUGGGCCAUCAUCCCUCACUAUGGCUGGAGCUUUCAGAUGGGAUCCGCCUACCAGUUUCACAGCUGGCGAGUGUUUGUGCUGGUGUGUGCUUUUCCAUCUGUCGCCGCUAUCGCUGCCCUGACCACUAUGCCAGAGAGCCCACGCUUUUACCUGGAGAAUGGGAAACAUGAUGAAGGAUGGAUGAUUCUGAAGCAGGUCCACGAUACAAACAUGAGGGCUAAAGGACACCCAGAGAGAGUUUUCUCCGUCACCAACAUUAAGACGGUGAAGCAGAUGGACGAGUUGGUCGAUAUGGGCGGUGAGGGCACCGCAUGGCAUAUGCGAUGGAGGAUCAAGCUGACCAAUCUCUUCCAUCAGGUGUGGAGCAACUUCCUGACAGUCUUUAAUCCAGAAUACAGGAGGAUCACCUACAUGAUGAUGGCUGUGUGGUUUUCCAUGUCCUUCAGUUACUACGGCUUGACUGUUUGGUUCCCUGACAUGAUCAAGUAUCUGCAGAAACAAGAGUACUCCUCACGCACAAAAGUCUUCAUCAAAGAGAAAGUGGAGCAUGUGACAUUUAACUUCACCCUAGAGAACCAGAUCCACCGGAAUGGAGAGUACUUCAACAACAAGUUUUUGAAUCUGAAGAUGAAGUCUAUGGUAUUUGAAGAUUCCCUGUUUGAGGAAUGCUACUUUGAGGACAUCACAUCAAGCAACACCUUCUUCAGGAACUGCACCUUCAUCUCCACCCUGUUCUACAACACCGACCUUUUUAAGUACAGACUCAUCAACAGCAAACUCAUCAACAGCACCUUCCUGCAUAACAAAGAGGGCUGCAUGCUGGACUUCAGCGACGAUAACAACGCCUACAUGAUAUACUUCGUUAGCUUCCUCGGCACGCUCGCUGUCCUACCAGGAAACAUCGUGUCCGCUUUGCUUAUGGAUAAGCUCGGUCGUCUAAGGAUGUUGGCGGGUUCCAGUGUGAUAUCCUGCAUCAGCUGCUUCUUCCUGUCGUUUGGAAACAGCGAGUCGGCUAUGAUCGCAUUGCUUUGUCUCUUCGGUGGCAUCAGUAUUGCAUCGUGGAACGCUUUGGAUGUGCUCACGGUGGAGCUGUAUCCCUCUGACAAGAGGACAACAGCCUUUGGGUUCUUGAAUGCCCUUUGUAAGUUAGCUGCAGUUCUGGGCAUCAGCAUCUUUCAAUCGUUUGUGGGCAUCACUAAAGCGGUGCCCAUCCUCUUCGCUUCGGGUGCUUUGGCCGUCGGAAGCUUCUUGGCUCUCAAGCUUCCUGAAACUCGUGGUCAGGUGCUCCAAUAGUCCAGCAUUUCAGCCCAACAGGUGGCGUGCUUAAAUAUGGAUUGCCCAUUUUGUGUCGCCCGUAUUCCAAACCCCGUUCGUGAGUGAGCGAUGCUGGAUGCAGCCGAAACAAUUUCCACAUUUACAGAUCAGUUAGCGAUAUGUUCAUUCCUCCAACCUGUGCAAUUGUAUUAUAACUAAAUUUUUCGUCUCAUUUAAAUCUGUAUGUAUAAAUCUGUAUUCCCUGAUUUCUUGGGUAGGGAAUAUCAAUAGUAUGUAUUGUAGUAUGUCUUUCCAAAAUGCAGAUCAGUUUAUUUCAUUUAAGAAUGAAUCCCUGACCCCAUUCCGAUGUCUUGUCUCAGAGAAAUAAUAGUGUGUGAAUGCGUAGAAAAACUGCCAUGUGAAACACAUUCCGGCUUUGCGUUCUUUAUGGUGUGGUUGUGAGAUUUAACAUGAUAUGUUAACAUUCCCUUUAUCCUUCUUUCAAUCCCUCGUGUGAUUUGAAAUCCAUCACUGAGGACCGGGGACGUAAGUAAGUAGAUAUUUGAAUAGACCGUGUUGAUCUAGUGGUGAUGGUUGUUGCGUUUGCUCUAGUUGUUUGUGUCCCAAGAACUCUUUAAAAAGCUCAAAAACAUAAAACUUGCACGUGAUCCCGUAAUUGUCUGCAAUUUCGGCUCGAGUGCUCAAGUUUCAGUGCAAUUAUUGUUAUAGUCACGUCAUUUUAUUCAGUACAAAGGUUUACUGUAGCACUCAAUUUUGGUUUCACUCCAUCUGCUCUUACUGUUUUAACAUGUCUGAUUAAUGAAGGUGUUGUGCAUGUACCGAAGUGUGAAAAUUCAUAAGAAUAGGCUUGAAAAUAGCGAAACAUAACUGAAGGAAGCGCUCUGUCUACCCAUGAUUCUCUGUCUACCCAUGAUUCUUUGGACAUAUAACAAUAGUUAUUGGGUUUCAAAGGCAAAACAUUCUUUCAGUUUUGUAAUUCUCUAUAUUUUGCAUUAUUGUUUUAUUAUGCUUACAUCGGAACACCCGAGAGUUUGUUUGUGUUUCUCUUGAUGUCUACAGUGUAGCUCUGGUUGUGUCCCCAUGAAUGUGCACAAGUGAGAGUUACACCGACUUUGACCACCAAUGUGUCCUGCAGUAAACAUGCUCCUUCAAAACAUUCAUUCAACACAUGCGGCUAAAAACGAAAAGAAAAAAUAAAGCACAAGGUGACUUGAUUAUACUAUCCAAACCAAUAGGUUUAUUUUGAUGAAUAUGUAAAUUAUGUAUUGAUUAUAAAUAUAUAUAAAAACGAGCUGUUAAUCAAGUUUGUCUGUUUAAAAACUCUUUAUCUAAUAAUAAAUAUACAAAUAAAUAUAUAUACAUGUAUGUAUAUAUAUAUAUAUACUUUAAGGAAAAAUACUUUCAUGUUCAGAUGUUGAUCUAGUACCAACUUAAAGUCUUAGAUUCAUUUUGAUGUAUGUAUAUACUGUUGAAGGAUUUUUUGUUAUUUUUUUAAUUAUCAAAGUAAAUAUGUUAAAAAAAGUGACUGAAUAACACAGCACACGCAGACACCCUCAUAAAUGUUUUCUCUCGUGUUCUUAUAAAGAAACUGAGGUAUCUGUUUGUCUGUGAGGAUGUGUGGAAGUAUGUGUGCUUGCAUGUUGAGUGUUCUCUGAAUAUUUGUAUUCAUUUAUAUAACUGUUUAUGAGCGUUUGAUUUUAUAGUAUUUUUUACUUUGAGUAUCUGUAGAAACAGAUGUCGUGCAACAUGCAGGGUGAAUUUUUGCUGUAUCAUUGUUAACCUGAUGUUCUGAAUUGUUUGGUGACAUGGUAGCAGUAACGAAAUAGAGCAUCAAAAACAAGCCACAGAAAGAUACUUUAAUGGUUCUUAAAACUCCAAAUUACAUAAGCAAUUAUUUGAUGAAAAUUCUAUUGGACAAGCAGCAAAAAAUCUCAAAUUCGGCUCCAUCUAACCAAGCACAAUAAUACUAGUUUCAUGGAGAACUAGUCUUUCUUGUGCAAGCAAAAAAAACCCCGAUAGGGAUACUGCCCACCCGGUUAAAAGCUAUUUUCCGUCUCUGAUGCUUCUGAACAAGCUACACUGCAACAGUUUUUUGGUCUCAUUCAACUUUGUUUACUGCCAUUUUGUAGGAUAGCAGCCAUAUUAUGUGCUCAGAGUAAACACACAACACAACCGGCCAUUUUAAAUAUAAAGGGACUUUUUUAAAACAACUUAAAGACGUACACACAAAUAAUAAUUCAACCAAAGUAGUUAACACAAACUAUUUCUUUUAGGCUCAAAUGCAACUUCUGAUAAUGCGCUUUAAAUAGGUAAAUAAUGACCUUAUAGUUCAAUUCUUUUAGAGAAAGUGACACUUUACACAUUAUGACGUGAAAGCCAGCUUGUUUUCCUAACGUGCCACACGUCGCAAAGUUUUAAAAGGAACCGUCCUAGAAACUGCCAUCCCUGCCGUGACCUUUAGUCAGCGUUCUUAGCGUCACAGAUGCUGUGGUGACAAUCUUUACGUGUGCCAUGUGUGGAAAGUGUGCGUCUAUAAUUGCCAAAUAUUUUCUACUUCUUCGGUUUGUAGAUCUCACAUCAUGGCAUGCAGAAGAAAUUACCACAUUACACAUUCACUUUUAAGUGAGUUAAGUGAGCGAGCAUUAAAAGAAAUAGACACACGCAUGAAUAGCACAAAGUUUUGAGGCUCAUAGAUAGGCUAAAUCUCCAUCGGGUCUAGUGUUUUACUGGAAUGGGACGCAUGCACUUGAUGCUCUUGUAAAAGUUGAGAUUGAAAAUAAAGCUAUUGUUCUUGAACAAGCCCGAAAGCUGGUUACAAUUAGCGGAUAGGCUAAAAGACAUCAAAUGAAAAUUUGCGUUGGUCAGACACUUGCGUUUGUAUGCAACACCAGCCAUCUGUUGAUAUAAAACUCCAUUAACGUCGCUGUCACGAUUUCCCAUUUGCCUACUUUACCGUGAAACAUUUUCUCACAACAUUUUUUUCUCACAUUCGUUUUCAAGUCCUGCAGUGUGUAACUGUUCAUUGUCACAUCUCAAAUGUGUCGCCGUUGUUCAUGGAAUUACAAAUGAGUGUGUAAUAAUUGCUGUUGUAUGCUGUGAACUGCUGAAUUACAGUAACUUAUCUCAGUGAAGCUAUGACUUAUCUCUAUGUAAAAGCAGACCUGGAUUUGGUGCACUUCAUCACUUAAGAUUGUGUACUGGUUGUAAGACUUUUGGAUUUUGUUACAGGGUCUUUUCUAUUUCUAAACGUGUUCACUUAACAACAAUCAAUCUUGUGUGCAAAAAGAAAUCAAAGCAAUAAGUGGUAAACAUGUAUCCUUGCUCGAGCCCCGAACUAUUGGGAUAGGAAGCACACUAAAAUGGCCAUGUUCAAUGAAACAGCUGAAAGAAAAAAGGCCAACAUCUGUGUACUCUAGAAAUAUAGGCUGCCAUAGGUCUUCUGAUGCUUUUGUCAGUUUCAGUGUAUUGCCAUAAUUUAAAUGUGACAGAGAGUUUAUCACCUUAUCAUUGUACUGUGCUGUAGAGAUUGUAGUUGUUUGUAUGUAAAAGAAUAAAUAUGUGGAACAAUAAAACAAAAAACGUAAAAAAUGUUGACAAUAUUAUAAGAGUACUGUUUAUUGUUCAUUUUGUGAUUUGUUUUCUUGUAUAUGAGAAGUAAAAUGAUGUUGGCAUUAUCACUGAAUAUAUAAUAUUCCAUCCUUACCAAAAUGGUUCUGCAUUAAGCCCUACGGCUUUUGAGAGAUUUACUUUUUUGUCGCGUAUACGGGGGAAUUUGUGCAGAAAAACUCAUUUCGUGGUUUUGAAUCAUACAUGCAAAUAAUAAACAAAUGUUAUAAUACUUGAA